AUGGGUGCAAGAAAGGAUAUAAUAAGUGAGCUUCCAGACGAUGUAAAGGAAAAGAUUUUAGAGUGUUUGCCCAUUCGAGACGUUGCCAGAACUGCUCUACUCUCUACUGACUGGAAAGAUGUUUGGUUGCGCCAUGGGCGGCUUGUGUUCGAUACCCACUUCUUGGAAUGUCUCAGAAAAUGCGAGGGUGAUAAACCCGUGGGACUCGUCAACGUUAUAAACCACAUUCUCUUGCACCGUGCUGGUCCGGUUAAGAAAUUUAGUCUGUGCAUUUCUUGCCCGGGAUUGGAAGGUCCUAAGCCGCAACAGUCCGACAUAGAUGGUUGGUGCGUUUAUCUAUCAAGAAAUGGAGUUGAGGAGCUUAAUAUCAGUGUAUUUGGAAAACAAUAUAAGUUGCCGUCUUGUAUAAUCUCGUGCCCAACAAUUAAGCAAUUGAUACUUGGGGGUUUCAAUUUUGAUAUUGAUUGCCCCAUAGAUGGUGUUGGUGGUUGUAUAUUUCAUGGCGUCACUUCAUUGGUUUUCUAUGGAGUUGAGUUUAAGAGUAGAAUCAAUGGAGGAGUCGUCCCUAAUCUUGAGAAGAUUUCUUUUAGUUUCUGUGUUGGGAUCAAUAAUUUUAAGAUCUGUGCUCCAAAACUAAAAAGCUUGGAUUUGGCUUUUGUUUUUCCUGCAUUUGAACCAAGAUGGUUGUCGCCUCAUUCGAGACUAGUUAGGGCUUAUUGCUUAGAUUUGUUAGGGUUUGGUGAUGUUGCAGUAGUCGCACAGGAGUUCCCAACAACAAAUCUGCAAGUAAUAUGGGUGAUAGAAUCAGAGUUUGGUCAGAUCACUGUUGCUUUGGAAUUGCUUGAAAGAUCCCCCAACCAAUGUGAACUGAAGAUUCAAGCAGAAAACACGCUGUCAAGUAGAUUGAUUGACAAAGAUCUUAAAGAUGCUGCUUCAAGACUUAUGAAAGAUUCUUCUUUAUCAAUCAUGAUUUGA